AUGCUUUGCCACAUCACACGCCCGGACUCGGUGGUGAUGGAAGUGGAAGUUGAUGCGAAGGCGAACGGAGAAGACUGUCUAAACAAGGUUUGCAGAAAGUUGGGCAUAAUUGAAGUGGACUAUUUCGGGCUGCAGUUCACCGGCAGCAAGGGCGAGAAUCUGUGGCUAAAUCUGAGGAACCGCAUCUGCCAACAAAUGGACAAUGUGACUCCAUGUCGACUGCGGCUCCGAGUAAAGUUCUUUGUUGAGCCCCAUCUCAUUCUCCAGGAGCAGACGAGGCAUCUCUUCUUCAUGCACGUGAAGGAGGACCUCCACAGCGGUCACCUGCGGAUGGGCUGUGAUCAGGCCGUAGAGCUGAGUGCGCUGCUGGCUCAGGCAGAGUUUGGGGACUACAACCAGAACACAGCACAGUACUGGUACUCGGAGCUGUGUGGGGAGGAGCCCAGCCAGGACACAUUAGACAGUAUUGUGAGCAGACACAAAGGCCUGGAGGACCUGAGCCAGGCGUCAGUGGAGUACCAGGCACUGCAGCUAAUCUCCUCACUGGAGCACUACGGGGUGGAGUGGCACUGGGCCAGGGAUGCCAACGGACAGAGGCUGGCCAUAGGGGUCGGUCCUGAGGGCAUCGCCAUUUGCAAAGAGGACUUCACCUUAGAAAACAGAAUAAGCUACCCCCUCAUCCAGAUUGCCACACAGUCGGGUAAAAGUGUUUAUCUGACCGUUACCAAGGAUAACAGUGACAGCAUGGUGCUCCUGUUCAAACUCAUCAGUAACCGUGCUGCCAGCGGUCUGUACAGAGCCAUCACGGAGACGCAUGCUUUUUACAGGUGUGACACAGUAACUAACGCUGUCAUGAUGCAGUACAGCAGAGAUUUUAAGGGACAUCUUGCAUCACUUUUUCUAAAUGAAAACAUAAACUUGGGCAAGAAAUAUGUGUUUGACAUCCGGCGGACAGCCAAGGAAGUGUACGACCACGCCCGGCGGACACUGUACAACUCUGGAGUGGUGGAUCUGGUGUCUCGCAACAACAGUGGGGAGCGCUCCUCUCCCUCACGGUCUCCGACACGGGACCAUCAGCUGGAGGAGGAGCUGGACUGUGGCAGCUGCCAACAGAGCCGCGAGCUCCAGGAGCGGCUGCAGAAGCUCCGAGAGGCCCUGCUCUGCAUGCUCUGCUGUGAGGAGGAGAUCGACGCGGCCUUCUGUCCUUGUGGUCAUAUGGUGUGCUGCCAGACGUGUGCCAGCCAGCUUCAGCUGUGUCCUGUGUGCCGGUCAGACGUGGAGCAUGUGCAGCAUGUGUAUUUACCCACAUGCACCAGUCUGCUCAGCCUCACCCUCACAGACAACCACCAACACCGCAACAACAUCCCAGCUCCCAUCUGCAGAGACAUGGCUUCUCCCCACAGCUGCCCCGACUACGAGCACAAGAUCUUUCACAUGUGA